AUGCCUCCGAGAAAGAAGCCCAAGUUGACGACUCAGCCGGAACCCUCUAACACCGGCACAAGUGAAGGCACAACGCAGAAUAGCGUGGGUUACGACCCAGUCACAGACCCGUGGACCGAUGAGCAGGAGACCGCGUUGUUAAAAGGCAUAAUUAAAUGGAAACCAGUCGGCAUGCACAAACAUUUUCGCAUGAUUGCUAUCUCAGAGUUUAUGAAGAGUCAAGACUCGUCCGAAGACGUCGAAAACUCCAAAGAACUCUAUUGCCCAUUUGACCUUCCCGAUGAUGAAUACCGUGAUUUAAAGUUUGCAAGGAGAUUUGCAAAGGACGGCUCCGUGUCCCCCGUUCAUAGUACCCAUGCAGAGUCCAGGAGAGGCAGCACGGUGGCUGAUACAGAUGAACCUCGCUCUUCUCCAGCCCCAUCUCGAGGAAGAAAACCAGGCCGUAGCAGUCGUCCGUCGACGCGAGGCACACGAUCCUCGCGGCUCCAUGUUGAAGUCGAACCUCCGGGGAAGGCAUCGGACACUGGAGAGGAAGACGGAGACUCCGAUGAAACCGGCGCAAAUGAUGUCGGCGAUGAGGAAGGCACGGACGGCGCGAAAGAUUAUAGCGAAGGUGAAGAUGAUGCCGAAGUAGAGGCCGGAGGUUCACCAACUACACGAAGCACACGUGCUAAGACGUCACGCUCGAAACAGAAGGAGAAGAGAGGUGCACCAACUGGGCCAAGAAGAGGUGCCCGACGGCGCUAG